AUGGGUGGCUCACUAUCACGUAUGUGGUCUUUCUUCUGGACCAAGAAGGAGAUCCGAAUUCUUAUUCUGGGCCUUGACAAUGCUGGAAAAACUACGCUUCUUUACAGGCUCAAGAUCGGUGAAGUUGUUACCACAAUACCAACCAUUGGAUUCAACGUCGAGUCGGUGACGUACAGGAAUCUGAAUUUCAACGUCUGGGAUCUUGGAGGUCAAACAUCUAUUCGACCAUACUGGCGCUGCUACUACGCCAACACUGCUGCCGUUAUCUUCGUCAUUGACUCGACAGAUAUAGAGCGACUCGGUACCGCUGCGGACGAACUUGCGACUAUGCUAAAUGAAGAGGAACUCCGUGAUGCGGCUCUAUUGGUGUUCGCCAACAAACAAGAUCAACCAGGUGCCAAGGGUGCGGGAGAGAUCUCGGAGGCCUUGAAGCUGGGAGAACUGCGCGAUAGGAAUUGGAGCAUCGUAGCAUGUUCCGCCAUCGACGGCAAAGGUCUUGACGAAGGCAUGGAUUGGUUGGUUCAAACUCUUCAAUCGGAGAACGCAUAA